AUGGUCCUAGCCACAAGACCAGCAGUGGCUGCAGGGAAGUACCUGCGCUACAACUAUGCAGUCUUUGGGUUUGCUCCACAAGGACCUUACUGGCGUGAGAUUAAGAAGAUAAGCUCUCUUGAGCUUCUCUCCAAAAUAAGGCUUGAAAUGCUCAAGCACGGACACCUGAAAGCCAUGAAAUGUGUUGCUAAGGAAAUGGAUUGUUUAAUUGGGAAUUGGUUGGAAGAUCACAAGAAGAAGAAACUAGAAGGAGGUGAUCAUGAACAGGACUUCAUCAACGUGAUGCUAUCAACAUUUCCAGUGGACAAGUUGAUAUAUGGUUAUGAUCGUGAUACUGUCAUCAAGGCAACUAUACUGGUGCUUAUUGUAGGUGGUUUUGAAACAAUAUUCCUCUCUUUAACAUGGGCGCUUUCCUUACUAUUAAACCAUCCUCAUGAUUUAAAAAGGGCGCAAGAUGAGUUGGAUGUCCAUGUUGGAAGAGAUAGACAUGCGGACGAGUCAGAUAUAAAGAACCUUGUCAAUCUCCAAGCCAAUGUCAAGGAAACACUACGCUUAUACCCACCUAGACCCGUUGUGCCAUGUCAAGCUAUGGAAGACUGCCAAUUGGGUGGGUAUCAUGUUCCAAAAGGCACACAUUUACUUGUGAAUAUAUGGAAGCUACAUAGAGACCCUAAAGUGUGGUCAAACCCUAAUGAGGUUCGGCCUGAGAGAUUUCUCACAACCCAUGCUGAUGUAGACUUUAAAGCUCAACAAUACGAGUACAUCCCGUUUAGUGCCGGUAGACGGCCAUGCCCUGGUAUCAGCUUGGCCACACAUGUCUUCCACUUGGCCCUUGCUCGUGUUCUUCAUGGGUUCGAUGUGAACCCUUUGCAUGCACUGAUGGACAUGACUGAAGGUGUAAGCAUCACCUUACCCAAAGCAAGGCCUCUUAAAGUUCUUCUCACCCCACGUCUUCCUUCUAAGUUGUACGAAGACUAGACUCCAUAUUAGAUGUAU